CACGCGACUGAGGGAGAUGAAAGGCCGGCUCAAAGACGUGCAAAGACGUGACUUAGAAACGCUCGUGAGACAGAUUCGAAAGGGGUUUGCCGAAGAAUUAUCGAAAGUCAAUCCCGAGAUCGCAGGAGCAACAACGAUCAAAACUCUCGCGGGAGCCCGAUCGGGGGAGAUGGGAAAGGUUAAGGACGAACUGAAGGCGAUGCUUCCGAUAUUAACCCCUUCAGAAGUGAGAAGAUUCCAUUUACUACCUCACGAAGCGAUCAUUGACGAGCUCGAAGAAGGCAACUAUGAGGAAUCGAUCCGAUAUUUGAAAGAAUUAUUCGAACUCGACGAGGAGAUUCGUAGGAAGGCUGGUCCUGGUACUCUAAUAUGGGAGAAGCUGCGCUUAAAAAAGAACAAGAACGCGAUGUCGCGCCUAAGAGAUGGCUUGAUGACUGUCGAGCAAGCCAAAAAUGCCGGAGACUAUAUUUCUACGGCUGCAGAAUUUCUGAAUAUGGCGCUAUCCUUUCAAGCAAUGACUUGGGAAUGGUGGUGGGUGGCGGAGCGGCUUUAUCGUAGCGCUCUGGAGAACGCUGUAUUAGAAGAUAACAGCCAGCAGACGAGCAUCUUCGUACGCUACCUGUACGGCCGAUUUCUGUUCGAACAAAUGCAAGACACGGCAGGAUCGCUAUAUCACUUAAAUAUCGCACGUGAAGCGUCUCAGAAGAAGUCAUGGAAUGCGUCGAAGAUAACUGGUCGAAAAGAAGAGACCAUCUUUCGAGAAUGCAACGUGCUUCUGUAUAAAGUAUUACUGAUGCACGCGCAACAAGUCGGCUGCGAUCAACCAGACGUCGCUGUGAAAGCAUACACUGAAGCUCUCGCUCGAGCAACGGACUGUAAGCUUCUCUCGAAGAUCGUGAAAUUCAAUUUUCUCUACAUCAAUUCGUCUCUCAGUAAAAUUCAUAGUUUUCUUGAAAUUAUAAAAAAAAAGAUAUCUCGUCCUACAAUAUCAUUAAUCAGCCUCACAUCCGCAGCUGGACAUUACGAAUAUAUGGCGAACGUUUUAUACGAGCUGGGGAUGAGUCAGUUGCGAUCGGGCGAUGUGAAACUCGCCUUCCGGAACUUCUUCAAGUUCCUGGCGAUGGUUAAGAGGAUCUCGGACCCGGAGGGAAUAUGCAACGCGCACAUGGCGAUGGCACUUGCGUACAAGUUAUGUGUCACGAUAUUUUACCAUCGCGCAUGCACGCAUUUAUUAUGCGAUCUUAAUUUCGAAAAAACGCGAAUUUUUAACGUAGUUUUUACAGGCGAUUCAUAUUUGCAGGAAUUGAACGAUGAUGUAAACACGGAGAAGCAUCUCUGUCUAUUCAUGGUAAGUGCAGUAGAGUCUGGACUUACGAGAAAAGUGGCACAGGCACACUACUGCACUGGCAAGCAUUUUUUGAGUAAGAGGAGGCUAGAUAUUGCAACCUUUCAUUUGGAAAAAUCCUUUGAGAUGUAUAACAAACUCGAUUUAUGCAACGAUGCUGAUAAAGCGCGAGUUCUUGCCGGAGUUUCGAAAGGGCAAGAAAUCAUUGAUCAAUAUAUCCAUCUUGUGCAGCAGUGCGGAACCGCCGAUCCGAAAGCAAUAACGGUGCUUUGUCAAUGGAAAAAUCGUAGAAGCGUUUUUUGGACUGAAAAAGAAAAGAAGAAGCUACACGCCGAAGAUUCAGAAAAGAGUUUGAUCAAGGAAACUAGAGAUGACGUCUCAUAGUCGCGAUAUGCUUUCAGCGAUUUAACAUAUGAUUAUUUUGUAAUAAAUAAUAUAAUGCCGAUUACAUCAAACGUUCG